AUGAUCCCGAGACCUCAUUGGAUUAGUUUUCUUGUUAUACACGCUCUCUUUUCAUCUGUCGCGUCGAUCUGGAAACCCGAGAGCGUUGUGAAGAUUAUCCGAAGAGUGGUUCCGGUCGCGCAUCCUGUUCACGUGUACAAAGCGGUGAGAGUACCGCAUUAUUAUCCCGUCUACAAGCAGGUCCACGUUCCUUAUCCCGUCAAGGUUCCCUACUGGAUACCCGUGACGAAACACGUCCCGAAAAUUAUGCCCAUCGCGAAAAUCAUCCCUCUGCCCAAGAUCAGGAUCGUGAAGAAGUAUUUCGGCAUACCCGUACCGAAACCGUACAUCCGUCAUAAAGCACUGCCCAUCUACAAACCGGUGCCGUACAAGCGAACGAUGUACGUGCCCAAGCCCGUGAAAGUGCCACAUGUCUAUCCGGUCCACAUUCACAAAGUGAUCCACGUACCAAAGCCGUACCAUGUGCCGGUGACUAUUCCUAUUUUCAAACCGGUGUUCGUUAAACGUCACAUACAUGUACCGUACCCAGUGUACGUGAGGAGGAAGUCUUACCAUCACCAUCCAUCAUAUGGAAAAAACCGUCACCGCAGCUACCAUUAUUCCUACGGUCACAGCAAACACAAGCCGCAGUACGCUAUGCACGUCGACCCAGGAAUCAUCGAGAUGUCACACAAAGACAGGAAACCUGCGUCUCCUCGACCCAAGAAGCCUUGGCACAACUUUGGGAAACCGGAAACCUCCGACGAAAACGAAGAUCAAGCUGAUCGUUCGCCCGAGUUUGAUUUGCCGUCGAAAUCGCACAAGGAUUCGGAUUCGCGGCGACCUCAGGAUCCGCCGAAGAAGUUCCAGAUAACCGAGCCUAGUUUUGAAAAAGUUCAUCGACGGCCCGACCUCUCGCAUCAUAGGCCCCAAUACGCCGCACACUCCAUGCCUCAGGCGGUCACUCAAAACUCGCCGAACAGAAAAUCUACCCCUCCGCCCGAAGAUGCGAGGCCGAGCGGAGUUCUGGAGUUUAUCGACUCGAACAGCUCCCGGCCUCAGGACAAUAAGAACUUGUGGGAUAACAUGAUGAAGAAAUUUAACUGGAUGGGCAGGAGAUGA